GCACAACAUGUGACGUAACGACCGGCCGCGUUGUCCCUGCCCCUUGCUGCGCUCGCGAGCCUGUGCGCGCCCCCGCCAGCUCUGGUGACAGGCGCGGAAGUCACGUGACAGGCUGGAACCGGCUGACUGGAGCGGGCGGAGGGCGUCAGGGUGAGAGGAAGCUGAGCUGUACCGAAGACCGACACCAUCGCCUCCUUCCUUCCCGCACGGUGCGGCCAUACGCGGCGCAGUGAUAUGCUGUGCGGGCCCUGAUCUGGGAUCCCUGUCCGGUGUGUGAGAAGGGAAUCCGGUUCCCCGGCCUGGCAUGGCGCAGUGCCUGCUCUCCGUGCACGAGUUCCUCCAGGACUCCUUCAUACCGCAGGUGGCGGCGCUGUGCAGCGAGGAGGCCGAGGCGCUCGCCCGCAAAAACCAGUUGUCCUUCUGCGAGCUAGUCCGGCCCUUCUGCAGACUCAGCACUGAGGUUCAUAUGCGAGAUCCCAGCAAUCAGCUUCAUGUAAUAAAAAACCUGAAGAUAACCGUAAACAACAUAGUUACUCAGCCACCCAUACAAGCAGCAAUCCGCAAGCUACUGAAUGACGUUGUCUCUUCCAGCCAACCUACAGAAGGCUUAGUACCGAAUGUCAUUACGGCUGGAGAUUAUGACCUUAAUAUCAGUGAUCGCUCUCUUAAAGCUAGUGUCCCUUGGUACAAUAAUUGGAAAGACACAUUGACGGAACUCAACAAGUCCAAGUUUUAUUCAGCAACUACGACUUGGUUUGAGUCCUAUCGGGAGAGUUUUUUUCAGUGUAUGCCAGCCUCUGAUCAUGAGUUUUUAAAUCAUUAUUUGGCAUGCAUGUUAGUGGUUUCUUCACAUGAACCCGAACCUGUGGAACAGUUUCUUAAAUUAUCACAAGAGCAACAUCGGAUUCAACACAGUAAUGACUAUUCCUAUCCUAAGUGGUUUAUACCUAACACACUCAAGUAUUAUGUGCUGCUGCAUGACGUCAGUGUUGGCGAUGAGAAAAGGGCUGAUUCAAUAUAUGAAGAAAUGAUACAACGGUAUGGGCCUCAGGGAUGCUACUUACUAAAAAUUAAUUCUCGAACGUCUAGUAAAGGAACAGAUGAACAAAUACCUGAUCCUUGGAGUCAGUACAUCCAGAAGAACAGCAUCUACCAUCAGGAUUCCUUUGAAGAUAAUUCUAAUACUGUCUUAUCAAAUAAGGAUUUGGAUCAUGUCAUUUCCCUGGAUGGUUUGGAACACACUAUGAAAGAAGCUGUGCCGAACAGUCUAAAGACGCACCCACUUGACCAGCUUGGUGAUGCUGGUAGCAGUGUUGAUGGACUUGAUAAUGGGAGACCACUUUGUCCAAUCAGUGAGACAAAAAAGGCAGUGACUGGAACUCCCCACGGCAGUUGUUUGACUCUCACUGACCAUGAUCGUAUCAGGCAGUUCAUUCAGGAAUUUACCUUCCGGGGACUCAUACCGCACACAGAGAAGAUAAUCCGACAGCUAAAUGAUCAGUUAAUAUCCAGGAAGGGGUUGAGUCGGUCAUUGUUUUCUGCCACAAAGAAAUGGUUCAGUGGUAGCAAAGUACCGGAGAAAAGCAUUAACGAGCUGAAGAAUACAUCAGCAUUAUUAUAUCCACCAGAAGCUCCUGAGCUGCAGAUUAGGAAAAUGGCUGAUCUGUGUUUUUUGGUGCAACAUUAUGAUUUGGCUUACAGCUGCUAUCACACUGCAAAAAAGGACUUUUUGAGUGAUCAAGCAAUGCUUUAUGCUGCAGGUGCUCUGGAAAUGGCUGCAGUAUCUGCUUUUUUACAGCCUGGUGCUCCCAGACCGUACCCUGCUCAUUACAUGGACACUGCAAUACAGACAUACAGAGAUAUAUGCAAGAAUAUGGUUUUGGCAGAAAGAUGUGUCCUGUUAAGUGCUGAAAUUUUAAAAAGUCAGGGUAAAUAUUCGGAAUCUGCUGCCCUUUUGAUCCGUCUGACAAGUGAGAAAAAGGGGAAGCAUAUUGAGUACAUAGAGUAUCCGAGGGAAACUGACCAUCUUAAUCAAGUGACAACCACUCAGGACUCAGACCUCCGGAGUGCACUUCUUCUUGAGCAAGCUGCUCACUGCUUUAUAAACAUGAAGAUCCCGAUGGUGAGGAAGUUUGCUUUCCACAUGAUACUAGCAGGACAUCGUUUUAGUAAAGCAGGCCAGAAAAAACACUCCCUGAGGUGUUACUGCCAGGCAAUGCAAGUAUACAAAGGGAAAGGCUGGUCAUUAGCCGAGGACCACAUUAACUUUUUUAUUGGUCGUCAGUCAGUUACACUGCGCCAACUGGACAAUGCCGUCUCUGCCUUCAGGCAUGUUCUAAUUAACGACAGCAAACAGCCAGCACUGCAACAAGGGACCUUUCUUAGAGAGUAUCUGUAUGUGUAUAAGAAUGUAUGUCAGCAGUCUCCUGAGAGUCCUUUACCUCAGCUUCCUUUACCAUACAUCAAUAGUUCCGAGACUCGAGUGUUCUUUGGCCAUGAUAGGCGGCCGGCUGAAGGUGAAAAGCAAGCAGCCACUCAUGUAAGUCUUGACCAGGAGUAUGAUGGUGACUCCUCACAGCAGUGGAAGGAACUGGAAGAACAAGUGGUAGCUGUAGUUAAUAGAGGUGUCCUUCCUCCCAACUUUCAGCCAACACAGUAUUGCUUGAAUAGCAUUUCCGAUAACUCCAAGUUUCCUAUGGCUGUUGUACAAGAGCCUAUAACUGUGGAGGUGUCUUUCAAGAAUCCACUAAAGGUCCCACUUUUAUUAACAGACUUAUCUCUCCUGUGGAAAUUCCAUCAGAAAGACUUUAGUCAAAAGGAUAAUGAAGAACUGAAAGAGCCAAUCAGUAAUGAAAAGGAUCUGCUCUCAAAGGGCAAAAGUUUCAGUGAUAUAAUUGGCACAGAAGAUAUAAGUGAAUUUUUAAUAAACAACGAAGAAACAAAAAUAGCAAGAUUAAAGUUAUUUCCUCUUCAAACCGGGGAGUUGCAUAUCCUUGGUGUUGUCUACAAUCUGAGCACUAUUCAAAGUACUAACAGCCUGGAUGGGGUCACCCCUCCCAACAGUGUACCAACCGCAAAAUUCAUUUCCAAUGGAAUGUCGGUCAGAGGACGACAGGACUUGGAGAUACAAGGCCCUCGCUUAAAUAGUUCAAAGGAGGAGAAAACCUCUAUUCAGUAUGGACCUGACCGCCGUUUAGAUCCAAUUAUUACCCCACCAAUGCCUUUACUAGAGGUGUUCUUCAUAAACUUCCCCACGGGACUGCUUUGUGGAGAAAUCAGAAAAACACAUGUUGAAUUUGUGAAUGUGAGCAAGUGCCCGCUGACGGGUCUCAGGGUUGUAUCAAAGAGACCGGAGUUUUUUACCUUUGGCAGCAAUACUGCAGCACUGACACCACUAAGUCCUGCAGCAUCAAUGAACUGCAGUGCCUAUAAAACAGUUGUUACUGACUCUACCUCGGCCUGCCCUGUGCUGACCUCAUCUGUAACUCCAGUAGACUUUGGAUUUGGUGGGGGAAGCCAGCCAGAGGUUGUGGCUAUUCCUCUUACAGACUCUGUGUUAGCUCCUGGUGCAUCGCUGCAGCUUCCACUCUGGUUACGAGGUCCUGAUGAAGAAGGAGUACAUGAAAUAAACUUCUUGUUCUAUUAUGAAAGCACAGAAAAACACUCAAGAAUGCGCCAUAGGGUCUUAAGGCACACUGCAGUUGUAUGUACCAGUAAGUCGCUGAAUGUUCGGGCGUCAGUUUCCAGAAGCAAUGCGCUAGAAGAUGAGGAAAGUAAAGGUGGAAAUAUGCUUGUGUUUGUGGACGUAGAAAACAUGAAUACGAGUGAAGCAGGGGUGAAAGAAUUCCAUAUAGUGCAAGUUUCCAGCAGUAGUAAGAACUGGAUGCUGCAGAAGUCUGUGAAUCCCACGGCUGACAAAGGGGACACUGGACGCCCACCCUGCGCUGUUAUUUCCUGCCAUAAUACUAAACUAACCAGCAGAGAGAGAGCCAAAAUGUGCUUCAAAGCCGUUAGGUGUAAAUCUUCCUUCCUAGAUGUGGAAAAGACAUCUGACAUAUACACCUUUGGUGACAUUGUUUUCGGAGAAGAACAGAUAAUUAGCUCAACCACUCCAUGUGCAGACUUUUUCUUUCUAAGCUACUUAUGUGUUAAGAAAAGUCAGCAUCCUAAUACAGACACAUCUGCAAAAUCUACACCGGAUGAAGCCAUUCGGUUGAUACAGAAGUGCAGCGAAGUAAACCUUAACAUGAUAAUAUUGUGGAAGGCAUAUGUCAUUGAAGAUAACAAGCAGUUAAUUUUAGAAGGCCAACAUCAUGUGACUCUGCACACAAUUGGGACAGAAGUAUUGUCUUCUCCGCAAAAGCAGGAGCAGCCGGAAAUGGUUCUGCUGAAAUUUAAUCGGUCAGAAAAUACGGCUGUAACCGUGAGACCAUCGCCAGAGCAGCUCUCCAAUCUAAUAAAAGCCAGCCUUCACUACCCAGAAUCUUAUAAUCAUCCUUUCCAUCAGAAAAGUCUUUGUUUAGUUCCAGUCACGCUUGUGCUAUCCAAUAGUUCUGAGGCAGAAGUUGAUGUCAUUAUUGAUCUAAGACAUAAGACAACAAGCCCUGAAGCGUUGGAAGUCCAUGGUUCUUUUACUUGGUUGGGGCAGACACAAUACAAAUUUCAACUGAAAAGCCACGAAGUGUUCAGUUUGCAUCUCAAAGCUUGUUUUGUCCACACCGGAAUCUACAACCUGGGGACUCCAAGAGUGUUUGCCAAGCUGGCUAACCAAGUCACUCUGUUCGAAACCAAUCAGCAGAACUCCAUGCCAGCACUGAUAGUCAUAAAUAGCAUUUGACUGCUUACUUCUUAUCCUACGGCAUAUGGAUCAAAUACAUGUGUUUAAUUAUCAAAUAUCCAAUGUUUUGGGAUGUUGGGAGCAUUUAACACGUUCUUCCUCCAAUGUCUAAUGCGCAAGAGAUUCCAUAGGAUCCAGUAGUAAACAUUUAGACUGCCAACUUCAUAUUCCUUUAUGCAACUUGGAACAGACAGAUUACCUACCUGCUCUGUACAGUCAAUUCAUUUUAAUUUUACCAAGGAAAAAACGAUUCCUCAUACUAAAUCAAAUCGAUUUGGUUUCAGAUGUUCAGAAGCUCUUUGAAUUAAAUAUAACUAUUAUCUUUAAACACAUUCAUGUGAGGCAUUGUCAUUUUGGUUUUCCAAGGUUUCUUUCCAGACAUAGCUAGAAUUGUUUGGGAGUGUUUUACAAUUUACUUACACUUAUUGUGUGUAAACAGAAGCUAACUCUAAUGGAUAUUUUGCAUCGUAUUUUGUUAACAGUUUGAUUCAUUUCAAUACUGAAUGCACUAAUUUCCCCAACCAUACCAUUGUCAUUCACGUUUAGUUAUUCACUUUACUAUAUAACUUUAACCGUUCAGUUGAUCUCCUCUAUAUGAUUAAAAGUAUGCUUUUCAAUAAAUGAUGUAUUAUAUUUAUAACAAAUGUAUUGUAAAUAGAAUAAAACAUACACCAUA